AUGAAUCUCCAGUUGAGGGCACUCAGUAAGAAAGUUACACACACAAGACCAGCAGCUUGUAAAAAGAAAGAGGAAGAGGCCAAGGUCUCCCAGCAGCCACAAAACCACAUCAAGAAGCCGCGUCUUGUCUUCACCGACAUCCAGCGUCGGACGUUACACGCAAUCUUCAAGGAGACAAAAAGACCGACUAAGGAGAUGCAGGUUACGAUAGCUCAGCAGCUUGGGCUUGAGCUGAGCACCGUCAGUAACUUCUUCAUGAACGCCAGGAGGAGAUCUCUGGACAAGUGGCAAGAUGAGAUGGGAAACAGUAACCAUGGUAAUGCAAAUGGCAACGGGAAUUGUGGGAGCAAUACGCCGACGACGAUCACUCCUAAGAGUGAAUACAAGGCGUAAGAUUCGACCAAUAAGUCUUGAUUCUUGUUAAAUUUUUUGUACCGAAAAAAAAAGACACCAAAGCAUUCAUACUGUAGUACUCCUAAUCCAUUUUGACCCCAAGACUUUGACAGCAUCCAAAAUCUACGGCUUUGGCUGUUGCUAUGGGCGUUGUUAAUGACAUGCUAUACUUCAAUGCAUAAUGACGUAGCAUGAAACCGUAGCCGCUAAUUCGGAUACGGCUUAACACCCAUGUCAGUUGUUAGCUAAACAAUUCAAUCAGUUUUAAGAUAACUCUUGUUACUAAGGCAGUGUCUGAAUGGAAUACUUCAGACACUAGGUGGCAGCAGACUACCAGGUAAACCAAUUGUUCUUGGAAAUGUGAGCAUGCUCAGAACGACGUAAACAAUUUAAUUUGUACAAGUAUAGCUUGAAAACAUGAAGAUGGAAGAAUUUUAAAACCAAAACAAUGCAGAUCUCUUCAUUAUUGUGAGAAAAAAAAUCCUGUUUGCGUAAAUUUUUCUAGAUACUUUACUCUUACGAAUCAAGCAAAAUCUGUAUAUACUUACACUCAGGAACAGAUGUAUAUUGUUAUAUAUAAUGUGAUACAGUUUUACAGAAAGACAAGAAUUUGAAAAAAAGAAAUAAAAGAGCACUUGUAUGGAUACUGAUUCGUUAUAAAAGAAAUCACAUAUUGGUUUGAAGUAGAUGACAAAGUUUCAUGUUUUCUUUGUUUUGUUUUUUAUCUUUGGGGUAGCUGUACAACCAGCAAGUGGAAUUGUGCCGAGCGCAUUUUUUGUUUUGUUUUAACAGCAGUAAAACUGGUUGAAGCAAUUUGUUGUGGUUAUGUUUUGCCUGUUCAAGCUGGGUCAAACUUAUUCAAACCAGUUCCAACUGGUUCAAAUUGGUUCAAACUUACCCUUCGUUUCGAAAGAAGGGUUGUUUGUAUCUUUUAGUUACCAUGGACACGGAAAGAGGCCAUUUUGUUCUAAAGUUUACUUUGUGUAACUAUUUCUGACUGCAAUAAUUUCUAUACUCUACCUCUUGUCAAAAUGUGUUAGAUUUCUUGUAUCGAAAAAAAAAAGGGACAAAAAUUCAACUCUUCUUAGAGAUUUUUGUUAAAAAUGUGGCAAUACGAUUAUUCAGUUCACUAUGUGAUCAUGGUGGUGUAUGUGUGCUUUCUUUCAAAAUUCAGCUAUUAGUUUAUUAAUUUCUAUACAUUCCAAUGGGGUUAAAUAUCAUGUUAUUUGUAUAUUUUGCAGUAUUUAUUUGAAAGAUUAUAUGUUAAGAUCCAAACUUAUCUUUCAUAAUUUAAAGGUUUACAAAGUAAAAUACUGGAUUGCAUUUUUUUAAUAAAAUUGUUUUUAAUUCGUUUGCUUUUCAUUUGAUUUAUAAAAUAAGAAAGAAAAAAGGUUUUGCAGAUAAAUAUGUGCAGACAAAUUUUUGUUUGAAAUUAAGUUCAGUUGCCCAUAAUUAUUUGCUGCAAGUUUUGCUUCAUUUUAUGAUUGCGGUUAAUUUGUUAAAAGACGUGUGUAUUUUGAGGGGAAAAAAACAAAUAAUUUAUUUGUAAAGACAAUUGUUACCAAAGUGUUAAAAUCUGCAGUGAAUUUUUCUUUGAAUCCGUAUUUAAAUUUAUUAAUACAAAAUUUUAAAUGUAAAUUAUUGAUGUGUACAAUCAUAGUCUGGAAUAACAGGUGCCUAUCAAUUAUUGUCAUCUCUAAACCUCCCCGAGCCACACCCACUUUCAUAAAGUUCUACAGGAAUUCACUCCAUGUUCAUAACAAGUUUGCUGGAAAACCUGGGUCUUAUUUAAGGUUUAUACCAGCCAAACUACCACUUCCUAUGUAAAACUUGUUGUAUCCUGCUCAUUUCUGCUUAGCCAAACAAAAUUAAGCAAAAAAUAUCCCAGCACAACAAACUAUGUUUAGCAUAACAAGGUUAACAGCUAAACUACCAUGUCACUUGUGGCUAGUAGUCUGCUCAUUUCUGCUUAGCAAAAACAAAUUAAGCAAUAUUUUCCUCUGAAGCAACUCAGUGAAAUUUGGCCCUGAUGCAUAAUGCUAAGCAGAUUUUGUCGGUGUUAAGCAUUUAUUGUACUUAUGGUGGCACCUGCUACCAAUUAAUUAAGGUGUGGCUUACCAAAAUAUUAGAAUAAUCAUUGAGUCCAAUUCUAAAGGUUGCCGAAACAGAGCAAUUACAGCAUUGCCCUAACAACUGUGUAUUUCCAUGGAAAGUGUGUGGAUUUGACCUUGGGAUGACUAAUUGCUGGAUUUUGAACAAUUCACGUGUGAAAUUCACGUGUGAAAAGUGGGAGGCUCCAUUAAGGAGUGGGGGUGGCAAUAAUUGAUUUGCGAAUUUAUAUAAUUUGGAGAUCAAUAUUAAAAUGUACAAUGAUCAUUUUGCGGUUGGUUACUUAUCAUGAAAUGUACAAUAAUUAGUUUUUAGUUUGUAUUUUUGUAAAUUUGUUUGGUUAUUUUUGUUUUUGUUGAUUUAGAUUUUUGCCUAGACAGACUAGCUGGUCAUAAAUUCUUCAAUUCAAAGAAUUGAUAUAGAAUGCACAGUUUUUGUUUGAAUUUCACAUUCCAAAAUACUGUUUUAGAAUUAAUUUUUGAAAAAAUUCAGGCCUUUCACAAUGGUCAUUGUUUAUAAAAUAUAGACAAUUCUGAAAUUGAUGAGUUUGCCUUCAUUGGAUUAUUAUGUUAUUAUUUUUGAUUUGAUUUUGUACAAUUGUUAUUUAUUGGGGACCAAUACCGUUGUUUUUAUUACACCAACAAAAGCAAAUUUGAUAACUUCAUAACCCAAACUCUGCGGAUCCCUAAAACAAUAUGUUGUCUUAUAUUACACGGAAUCCUUCUAAAUUUUGAACCAAGGCUCCUGCAGUCUUGUUUACCGUAAAAGAUUUUUUUGUUUGUCUUCAAAAAUAUCAAAAAUUUGCUGAGAUUGUGUUUGUUUGAUUAGCAAUGAUGGUUUUGAAUCACUUAUUGAGAAUUUCUUCCAGCUUCACCAAGAGGCUUUCUGUUUGUUUAUUAAAAGAUAUAUGGAGGUCCUGUUGACACAGUAAUACAAACUAAAUUCUCCCUACCAUAAAGUUGUCAAUAAAAAGAAUAAUGUGCUUGGAAGUUAAUCUUUCAACUAAGGCUCAGCAUUUUCGUGAGCGCAGACAAUUCUUGCUCAGCAAAAACAAAGUACCAGCCAAAAUGCUGUGUGUUGUAGACCUAUACAUCCUCUUGAAUGGUCCCAUUUAAUGCUUGCUUAGCAGUUGAGUGUGUUAAGCAAUAGUUUCUGACUAACAGCUUUAUGAAAUUGAGCAAGUUACAGGAAGAAAACAUAUUUGCAGGCAGUUUCCCUCAAAUUGUAAGUAAUUGGGUUUGUACAAAGUUUGAACUGAAAUUUGAACACAUUUCGGAGCUUUUUACUAUUGUGUGCGUUUGUUUGUGCAAUAUUAUCUCUUGUAAAUACACCAAUAAUGUUUUAGCAAGCCUGACGUGGUGUGUGAUUGGUCGACUGUUGUGAAUAAUUAAUUAGGACUUUGACCUAUAGUAACUUUGACCAUGGGACAUUUGACCCAAUAGAAUAAGAAAUAAAUACAAGCAGUUUGUUUUCUGAAA